AUGGAGGGGGGCGGGACGACGCAGGUUCGGUUGCACAGCGGAAGAAAAUGGCGGCCGUGGCCACCGAGCCAGGAGCUGCGGCGAUUCUCACAACAACGACGACCGACGAGGGCUCCCCGGAACUGGGCCCCGCGUUCUCGGGACGCGCGGUAGCCUCCGAGGAGAAGGACGGGGCGCCGGAGCUGGACCCGGUCGUGGAGCUGUCUAUCCCGCUAUCGGGCGAUGAGAACGGGGAGGAGCGCCGCCAUGUCAGGCCGGAGCACGAGCCCGGGGCGGGAAAAGUCCUGUGUGAAAAGGCCACAAACGACGAAAUAAUGAAUAACUUCCAGCUGGACCGAGUCGGCACCGAGCGGUUCUCCCCGGGAGUACCGGGGAGUCCGGAAGCGGCUUGGAACAUGGCGGCGUGCCGCAGCAUCACCGCGCAGACCUCCGCCGUUUUCCUGCACUCCUAUCCGGCCCCCCCGCCCGGUACCGAGGCCGGACUGUCCCUGGCGGAACCGGCGGAACCGACCACGGACCGCGUCCAGACUGCGGGCAGGGAACGAACCUACACGGCUUUGGUCCAACCCGAGCUUAGCCCUCAAGACGGUACCGGUGGUCCCGAGCCUGGUUCUGGUGAAACGCAGUUUUGCGGCUUGCGAGAACCGCCUCCGCCGUGCCGUUCCCCGAAGCUGGAGGUCUACCCCGAAGAUGUCUCCGCGCGGUCGGGAAAGGCCGAAGCGGAGGCCGCCCGCGGUGCUCCGCGGCUGGGCUGCGUGCAGGACCUGAGCCUCGGCUCCGAGGUCCGGGUCUCCUUGGACCACGUCAUCGAUGACGCGCUGGUUGUGUCGUUCCGGGUGGGCGAGAAGGUGUUCUCAGGGGUCCUGAUGGACGUCUCCAAAAGGUUCGGACCGUACGGUAUUCCCAUCACUCCGACGUCUGUCAAGACCGAAAACAACCAUGAAGCGUCCCCGAAGCAGGAAGUGGCCAACGGGGACACGCCUUCUUUCCCGUGGACCGCCAAGCCGCCGCCGCUGUUCCAGGAUGGGGCGCCAUACCCCCCUCCCCUUUUCAUCAGAGACACCUACAACCAGGCGUUACCUCAGCCCCCGCCUCGUAAGAUCAAGCGACCGAAGCGGCGGUACCGUUACGAGGAGCCGACUUCCAUCAUGAACGCCAUCAAGCUCCGCCCCCGCCAGGUGCUCUGCGACAAGUGCAAGGGCGUGGUCACGUCGGCAGGGCGCCGGGGGCCUGUGGACUUAAGGGGCGAGGAGGCGUUACGGCGACGGAGGCCGGCUGAAGUACCGAUGUCUUCUGAGCUCAAACGACUCCGGAGCGACGACAAGGGAGGACGCGGCGGAGCUUCGGAUCGCCGCGCACCAUCAGGGAUACGGCUGUCAACGUCGUCGUCGUCAUCCUCCGGUCGCAUUCUGAGGGGCGUGGCUUCAUCCCCGACAUCGCCAAGCCCCAUGCGUCUCAAGCUGAACUCUAAGAAGGUUCUGGCCAAAGGACCCUCAGUGGAGCGCUCCAAGGCGCGCCAGGUUCUCAAGAAGCUGGCAAGGAACUCGCAACCGGCGCCGCUUCGGAGCUCCAAAGACGAGAACCAGAACCAAGAUGGCGCCAAGGCCAUGACCCGAGCUGCUGCCUUACAGAACCACAACCAGAAGGUCCACUUCACCCGCCGCCUGCAGCACCUUAAGUCCGCCCUGGUCUCCCCCACCUCGCAGUCCGCGCUGCCGCCUCGAAUGCGUGUCAAACCGCAAAGGUAUCGCACCGAUGACGCUCAGGCUCCCCCUUCUUCCUCGCCUCCGAAACUCACCGCUCGCUCCUCAACCUCAAGCCCCCCCCCUGCAGUGAACCCACUCCAGGCCCCGCCCCCCUCCCGCUGUCCCACGCCACUGCCCUCUAAUUGUGUUGCGGUGGAGACGCCGGCUGAGACCAAGGAGGCUCCUCCUCCUCCUCCUUGCAGCGUUGCACAGACAGUAGACCUCCCCCCUCCCGAAGACCCGCCCCUUUUAGUGCCUCCUUGCCCCUCCUCCUCCUGUCCGCCAAACGCUUGCGUGGAGACGCGGGUCGGCGGCGAGGUGGAGGAAGACGAACGAGGCGAACUGAAAAGGCGCCGCAAGUCUUCCACGUCGUCCUCCUCCUCUUCCUCGUCUUCGUCGUCGUCCUCGGUCUUUUCCAAGUCCGUGUCCAAGUGUUUGCUCCCCGACGGUCGCACGGUGUGCGUGGGCGAUAUCGUCUGGGCCAAAAUCUACGGGUUCCCCUGGUGGCCGGCGCGCGUGCUCGGCAUCACGGUGGCGAGGCGCGCCAACGCCGUCCUGGCCGUGCAGCAGGAAGCGCGGGUGUCUUGGUUCGGCUCGCCCACCACCUCCUUCCUGCCGCUCUCGCAACUCUCGCCCUUCCUGGAAAGCUUCCAGUCACGCUUCGACCGAAAGAGGAAGGGACCGUACCGCCGCGCCAUUUCAGAGGCCGCCAGCGCCGCCAAACAACUGACGCCCGAAGUGCGCGCGCUGCUCACCCAGUUCGAGACGUAGCAGGAGCUCGGGCCACGCCCCCCUCGCCAUGCCCCUUGUUUGGUUCCUCCUUUACGUCAAGUGACGGGACGUCUUGGUUUCAGCUUCGGGUCCCCGUUGGACCUCAAAGUCAAUGCGCUCGCUAAGCAACGACGGGCGACUUGUCUCCAUGUGGUUUUUGAUUCCUGGUUCUAUAGGACUUCUGGUCCGUCUCGCUGGUCCGGUUGGUUUGUCCUGUGAUGGUUCCCGAGCACAUUGAGACUAAAAACUGAUCAAAGCUGUGAAACGCUCCUUUUCAAAACUGAGGUCAGGGUCCGAGACAAGGUUUCAUCUUUUAGUGUGGUUGACCCAGUCCUGGAUCAGGUCCAGGCGGUUCCUGGACUCGUUUGAAGUCUAAGUCUGUCCAGUCCACGGGAUUGGCUCAUUAAGAACUUAUUUUUUAAUUCAUUCAAUGUUGUGACGUCCCCCCCCCCCCCCCCCCCCCCGUCCCUGUUUGCCAGUCCCAGACCCUCAGUCCCUCGGAUCCUGACGACGGUGGUGUCUUUUCCCCCUUUCGGUUUGUCUUCUUCUUGACUUUCCCCCCCGUCUGUUUGCAGAUCAGAGAUUGUGAACAAAAAGGAUUUGUGUAAAUGUUCUUUUUUUUUGUUUCUGAUGUUUAAAAUCUUAAUAAAAGAUUUCUUUGAAUUGUC